UACUUACCAAACAAAAAAUUGCUCCUCCAUGAGGGUAAUGUCAUUCAUCUUAAACAAGUGAAUGAUAUAAACAUAAACCACCGAGGGAGGAUCAAAAAUCAAAAUCAAGGGUUGCAGUGAAACGGCGUCAGGGCAAUCAGUCGUGAGCAAGAAGCAAGACGCCGCCGCUAACCACCGCUCCUCCCUCCGCCGGAAACCGGAAUCGGAGACGAAAACAAGCUUCAUCUUCAUUCCUAUGGUGACUGAAAACCUUCUACAUUUUCAUCUAUUUCUCAGUUGAUGAUAACCAGAACAAGAACAACAAGAAGAAGAAGAAACUGUUAAUGUGACGAUGGAGGAAGAGCAGGAUCGAAUUUUGCUCUCCAGUUUGGGCGUGAAGUCUGCCAAUCCCGAAGACAUCGAACGCCAUGUUUUGGAAAAGGCUAGGAAUGAUGCUGCAGUGACUGUUACUACUGAAGGUGAAGGGAGCAACACCAAGGAAGAAGAGUCUUCUCAUUCACGGGAACCUCUUGAUCCAUCUUCGACUGCUAAAGCGGAGCUUCAUCAGAAGCUGCGGGCGGUGGAGUUUGAAAUAGGCGCGGUUUCUUCCACUAUUCGGAAGCCGAAAAAAGAUGGUGGUGGUGAGGGUAGCUCGGAGCGAGGGGUUGCUGAGGGUGAUGCCCCUGGUGGUGGUGGUGGUGAUGGUUCGAGUCUUCAGCGUGCUCUUGCUGCAGAUAGGCUCAGGAGCUUGAAGAAUACUAGGGCUAAAUUGACGAAUGAGCUUUCCAGUUUGUGUGAAAAGAACACGAAGGCUCAGCUAGAGGAAGAGCUUGCCAAUUUGCGGAAGACUCUGCUUCGGAGUUUAGUUAAGGAAGACACGAGGCCGAAGAAGAAGCUUAAAGAAGAUAAAAAGUUGACUAAAAAAUCGGGGAAACGAGUUAAGACGGUCUCGUUUAAUGAUGAUGCUGAUUUCGACGCUGUUUUGGAUGCAGCUUCUGCUGGCUUUGUUGAAACCGAAAGGGAUGAAAUGGUCAGAAAAGGAAUUUUAACUCCUUUUCAUAAGCUGAAGGGAUUUGAGCGGCGCUUUAGUCAACCUGAAGCAUCAGCUAGUCAUAAUGCUGAAACAUCCGCUAGCCAUGCUGCAGCACAGCAAGAAAACAAUGGUGAUCUUGUCUCUUCCAGUGUUGAAAGAGCUGCUAGAUCAUUUUCUGAGGCAGCGAAAGCUCGCCCCACCACCAAGCUGCUUGAGUCUAGAGAUUUACCGAAGCUUGAUGCACCCACUAUUCCCUUUCGCAGGCUCACAAAACCUCUUAAAUAUUCCAAACCUAUAGAUAGAGAGGCCGAGCCAAAUAAAGAUUCAAAAAGGAAAAGGAAGCGACCUUUGCCUGGUAGGCAAUGGACCAAUCGUGUUUCUCGUGAGGAUAUGCAGCUGGAAGAUAGUGAAAAUGCAAAUGGUUGUUUGGAUACUUCCGAUCAGGAAAAUUUAGGAGCACAAGAUGACCUUGCUGAUCAUGAAUCUUCUUAUGUCACAUUAGAAGGUGGGCUGAAAAUCCCUGAUAACAUAUUUGAAGCUCUGUUUGAUUAUCAAAAGGUUGGUGUUCAAUGGCUGUGGGAAUUACAUUGUCAAAAAGCUGGUGGAAUUAUUGGUGAUGAGAUGGGUCUUGGUAAAACUGUCCAGGUGUUAUCAUUUCUGGGUGCAUUGCAUUUCAGUGGUAUGUUCAAGCCCAGCAUUAUUGUCUGUCCUGUUACACUCUUGCGACAGUGGAAAAGGGAAGCUAAUAAGUGGUACCCGAAAUUCCAUGUAGAGCUUUUACAUGAUUCUGCUCAGGAUUCUGCCCCUAAAAAGAAGCAAGACAAAUCCGAUGAAUCAGACUAUGAAAACAGUAGUUCAGAUGACAAUGAUAAUGAGAGAAGUAUGUCAUCUGGAAACUCAAGAAAAUGGGAAUCCCUGAUAAAUCGUGUCACAAGAUCUGAAUCGGGAUUACUUAUCACCACUUAUGAGCAGCUCAGAAUAUUGGGGGACCAAUUGCUUGACAUUGAAUGGGGCUACGCAGUUCUUGAUGAAGGGCAUAAAAUAAGGAAUCCGAAUGCUGAAGUCACCCUCGUAUGCAAACAGCUUCAAACUGUACACCGCAUCAUAAUGACUGGUGCACCUAUUCAGAACAAACUGACUGAACUCUGGUCAUUGUUUGAUUUUGUUUUUCCUGGAAAAUUGGGUGUUUUACCUGUAUUUGAAGCUGAAUUUGCAGUUCCAAUAGGAGUUGGUGGAUAUGCAAAUGCCACACCCUUACAAGUAUCAACAGCAUACAGGUGUGCCGUGGUGCUUCGUGAUUUAAUCAUGCCAUAUCUUCUCCGACGCAUGAAGGCUGAUGUAAAUGCUCAACUUCCUAAUAAAACUGAGCAUGUUUUAUUUUGCAGUCUUACACCAGAGCAAGUAUCUUCUUACAGGGCAUUUUUAGCAAGCACUGAAGUGGAGGAAAUAUUGGAUGGAAACCGGAAUUCUCUGUCUGGGAUUGAUGUAAUGCGCAAGAUCUGCAACCAUCCUGACCUACUUGAAAGGGACCAUGCCUUAAGUAAUCCAGAUUAUGGAAAUCCAGAACGUAGUGGGAAAAUGAAAGUUGUAGCUCAGGUGCUUAAUGUUUGGAAGGAACAAGGUCACCGUGUUCUUCUUUUCUGUCAAACCCAACAAAUGCUUGACAUUUUUGAGAAUUUUUUGACUACUUCUGGUCAUGUUUACCGGAGAAUGGAUGGUCACACUCCCGUCAAAUAUAGAAUGGCUUUAAUAGAUGAAUUUAAUGCCUCAAACGAGAUAUUUGUUUUCAUUUUGACAACCAAAGUUGGGGGUUUAGGGACAAAUCUUACAGGUGCAAAUAGGGUGAUCAUCUUCGACCCUGAUUGGAAUCCUUCAACUGAUAUGCAAGCUAGAGAGCGUGCUUGGCGCAUUGGUCAGAAACGGGAUGUGACAGUGUAUAGGUUGAUCACACGUGGAACGAUAGAGGAGAAAGUGUAUCACCGGCAGAUUUACAAACAUUUUCUUACCAAUAAGAUAUUGAAGAACCCACAGCAGAAAAGGUUCUUUAAAGCCCGGGAUAUGAAAGACCUUUUCAUACUGAAUGUGGAUGGAGAUACUGGGUCUACUGAAACAUCGAACAUUUUCAGUCAAAUAUCUGAAGAAGUAAAUGUCAUUGGUUCACACAUAGAUAAUCAGGAUAAGCAUCAAUAUAACCAAACUGCUGAAGCGGGUUCUGGAGAUGAUGACGUUGAUAAUGAUGGUGAAUCACCGAGAGGAUCUUUAAGAGGAAAAGGGAAAGAGAAGGUUGAAGGCGGCAGUGGAAUUGAUGAGGAAACAAAUAUAUUGAAAAGUCUUUUUGACGCCAAUGGCAUACAUAGUGCCAUGAACCAUGAUGUGAUCAUGAAUGCUCAUGAUGGGGAGAAGAUGAGACUUGAUGAGCAAGCUUCCCAGGUUGCGCAACGAGCUGCAGAAGCUUUACGUCAGUCACGGAUACUCCGAAGCAAUGACAGCGUCUCCGUUCCAACAUGGACAGGAAGGUCGGGAGCUGCUGGUGCACCAUCAUCAGUUCGGCGGAAGUUUGGUUCAACCGUGAAUCCCCAGUUAGUAAAUAAUUCAAAGGCACCGGAUGCAUUACCAAGCAACGGUACCAACAAAUUCAAUGGAUUUGCUGCUGGGGCAUCUUCUGGUAAAGCAUUAUCUUCUGCUGAACUGUUGUCUAAAAUUCGAGGUAACCAAGAAAAAGCAAUCGGUGCUGGGCUUGAACAUCAGCUUGGUACGUCCAGUACCACUAAUCAAGCAAGAUCUACAGAUGUUAGAUCUUCUAGGGCUGCUGAAAAUUCAUCUGGAUCGCAACCUGAAGUAUUGAUUCGUCAAAUAUGUACUUUUCUACAACAGCAAGGUGGUAGUUCCAGUUCAGCCAGCAUAGUACAGCAUUUCAAGGACCGUGUUUCCUCAAGAGAACUUGCCCUAUUCAAGAAUAUGUUAAAGGAAAUAGCAAUUUUGCAGAAAGGAUCAAAUGGUUCCCAUUGGGUUCUGAAGCCAGAGUAUCAAUAACAGUAUAGUAAGCUAUUUGCUAAUAUUUCAAUGACGACUGCAUGGUUCUGGUAACUUAAGUUGAUGGAAUAUGCAUUCUGUAGUCUGAACAGUAAAAACUGAAGAUACUUCCUUGCGUUGAGGGCUUACUUUUUAACUUAUUUUUAAGACAUCAUUGGGAUGCAGGUGAGAAUACUACACCUGUAGCAUCCAUCAGUGGUUUAUUACCACAAUUUUGUAUACUGAAAAGGGACAAAAUAGGUAAACAGGCACUUUUUGUCAUACAGUAAAUAGUAGCUUUAUACUGC